AGAACCGCUUUUCAAGGCAGUCAGCUCCGUUUGCUGUUGUCGUUCUGUCAUGGCCGUUCUGUUCUAGAUCGAGUUGCAACUUAUUCGAGCAUUAUUUGAAUUCGAAAUUUGGGAAAAACGUGUUUGUGUCAAAACUAAGUUACGAAUCCGAAAAAUAAAAGCAUAAAAAUAGGAGAGUUUUGCCUGAUAUAAUGUCGAUGGGAAGCAGUGUCCCACGACUACAUUUACGAGAAGACGAUGUGGUUCGGCUCGUCUUAGAAUUCAUCUGCAGCCGACAGUUUCACAUUAGUCAGUUGAGUCUGGAACGAGAAACGGGAGUGAUCAAUGGCGUUUUUUCUGAUGACGUUCUGUUUCUGCGCCAGCUCAUCCUUGACGGACAGUGGGAUGACGUCACAGAAUUCAUCCAGCCAUUGGAAGCCAUUGCUAGUUUCGAUGCUCGUACUUUUCACUACCUCAUACUCCGUCAGAAAUACGUCGAGCUACUUUGCAUCAAAUCUGAAGCAGGACUUAUUGCAAAUGUUGAUACGGCUGUUGAAGAAGUGGUCAAAGUCCUGAGUGAUUUGGAAAAACUAUGUCCAUCCAGAGAGAUCUACAAUCAUCUUUGUCUCCUUCUGACUUUACCCAAAUUGAUUGAUCACGCCGACUAUCAAGACUGGAACCCUUCCAGUGCCCGGGUUCGUUGCUUCCAGGACAUCUACCCUUUGGUAGAGAAGUUUUUGCCUUACGAGAAGCCUGCUAAAGACGGACAUGCUUUGCAAGAAGCCACGAACGAUCGGUUGAUCCAUCUGCUUAUCAAAGGUCUAUUGUACGAGUCGUGUGUGGAAUUCUGUCAACGUCGAGCUUUAUCAGGCAGCGUCAAGGAGCGUUCUCCACCUCAGUUGCGAUUCGGCUCACUUCUGAGUUCUACUAAAAAGUUUCACGAUUCGGACUUGAGCCUAUUGUCUUGGCUGCAGAGCAUCCCUGCGCAAACGUUUGCUCAUCCCUUCGAACAACGGACGUUGGAUGUGGACGUGGAGAGAUUGGAUAAACCAACCCUGGAAACAUCAUGGACCGAGCACAUGCUGGUUACACCCAUCAAGCCCAAACUUUUUCCCUACUCAGCCAUGCCUUUUGGAAGACCGCGCUCUGUUGAUCUCAUGUCGCGUUCUCUAAACCCUUCUUUGGAUGGCUUGCCUUUUGGCAGCGGCACCAUGUGGCGUUCCAGUUUGGCCAGCUUUCAUUUGACCGGGAAAAAAUCCAUGACCACUUCGGUGGAUCGGCUUUUCGAAAGCGACGAGAAAGGAUCAAAAAUUAUCCAACCGCCCAGUAUUAGUACAGUAAGCGAGCUUGCCAAGGAACACAGCCCAUUCGAUGACGAAGAUAACAAACGAGUGAUCGCGACGGACGUCCUGGAGAAGCCUCCGCGGGCGGAACCUGCUAGUGGAGAUCUGUUGCGGGAAUUCCAGCGGUUAAAAUAUUCUCCGGGUACAACAUCCAAUAAGUUGGCAGCGCCGCCUCCUCAAGUCUUGUCUGAACCUACCAACGAACCCACGGACGAUAAGCCUCAAUUGCCGGCUAACCAGAAUGGGUCAGCGGCUUCCACUUCGGGUCCAACAUCAGGUUCGGGAUCGCUGGGAUCGGGAUCAGUGUCGGCUUCGACCACAAUGCCUGGUAGCGGCUUGGCAGGGAAACCUCGUUUCAUAGCAGUCACGUCAUUGGACGACGCUCAGGCCGUACGUUGUGCCGAAUUCCAUCCUAGCGGCCGACUUUAUGCGGUAGGCUCCAAUUCAAAAACGUUACGCAUCUGCUCCUAUCCAAAACUAUCGGAUCUGAGAGAUGAUCAUACGACAUGUCAGUCGACGGUGCUUUUCAAGCGUACCAAACAUCAUAAAGGGUCGAUUUACUGCCUCGCCUGGAGCCCAGCAGGGGAUUUGAUCGCCACGGGAAGCAACGACAAAACGGUCAAGCUAAUGAGGUUCAAUGCCGACACGUGUAACGUGGAAGGCCAAGAAAUUGAAUUGUCAAUGCAUGACGGAACAGUCAGAGACGUUUGCUUUAUUGAGGAUAUGAGUAACAAGUCCAGUUUGCUUGUUAGUGGAGGCGCUGGGGAUUGUAAAAUCUAUGUUACAGAUUGCGUUACAGGAACACCUUUCCAAGCACUAACCGGACAUUCGGGACAUGUCUUGUCUCUUUACACGUGGGGUGGUGCCAUGUUUAUAAGCGGUUCUCAGGACAAAACAGUACGAAUGUGGGAUCUGCGGACAAGGGGCUGUGUUAACAUGAUCACGCCGCUAACCACACCCAGUUCACCGGUUAAUAAGGGUUCCCCCGUGGCUUCGGUUGCUGUCGAUCCGUCCGGCCGUCUAAUGGUUUCCGGACAUGAGGAUGCCUCGUGCAUUCUUUACGAUAUCCGAGGGAAUAGGACUAUUCAGAGCUUUAAGCCUCAUACGGCCGAUGUCCGUUCGGUGCGUUUCUCGCCUUCGGCUUACUACCUUCUGACAGGCGGGUAUGACAACAAAUUGGUGCUGACAGAUUUGCAGGGAGAUUUAACGAUGUCGUUACCGAGUAUAGUGGUCGCCCAACAUCAGGAUAAAGUUAUAUCAGGUCGCUGGCAUCCAAACGAAUUUUCUUUCAUCAGUUCUAGCGCUGAUAAAACGAGUGCUUUAUGGGCGUUGCCUCCGCUUUAAAUAACUUGACAGGCAGAUUGUUUGCUAUUGUACAAAUUGCAAAUGAAUUGGAAGACGAGAGACCUCCCGUUCGUUGUUAAAGAUUAUGGGGCGGGACAAAUAAUCUGUAACUGUUACCCCUACGUAUUGAUAUUUAAAACUUUGUUCAGCUUUAAAAGGUUUAACUUUUUGAGAAGGUAUAAAGAACAGCAAUCCCACUUGUACUUCCAAUUUGUUGCAUUUUUUAUUUCUUGGCAAAUUGGCUUAUUCCUUCCAUAUACUCUAGAUUUUAUGACGCCUUAAGAAAACCUUCAUGUAAUAAGGACGAUCCUCUCUUUGUUGUCCCCUCGCACCCUCUUUGUUUCUUCAUUUUCUUUGGAUUAAAGUUUAUUACCAUCCAUAGAAUGUCGGCUGGGUUUUAAUAUACAAUCCGUUGACCUGCAAGUAUGCAGCAUUGGGCUCAAAGCUUCGUAAUUGCCAGGAGAUAUACAGUGAACACCGUUGGUAAUUGCUCACCCGAACAUUGACCAUGGGCUUAAAUGACAAAGAGGAUGCCGCGCGAGAAUUUUUUUGUGGAGAAGUCUUAGUCGCAAAAACUCGCCGUUUCUUACGUUAAGGAGACUUAAUAUUUUCCUACAUUUUUUUUAUUCAUGCAAUCUUGGGCUACUGACUGAAUAGACUUCAAUUAUAUGCUCACUUUUUUCCCCAUUCGAAUUCUGUCGGCGGAGAACCUGCGGGGUUUAGGCGUAGACCAUUAAUCACACACCUAUCACCUAAGGAUAGGGACAGACUCCGAAACGGGAAAAAAAGUGAGUUAAUAAUUAAAGUCUUCUCAAUAACUCGAGAUCGCAUGAAUAAAAACCACAUCCAAAAAUUCACAAUGUAGGAGAACGUUAACUCUCCUUAUUGUAACAAACGGCGUAUUUUUGCGACCGAUAUUUCUGAAGAUAAAAAUUUUCGUGCAACAUCCUGUUUCCCAUUUAAGCCGAAGUUGAAUAUUAGGGGGAGAAAAUACCUACGGUGGGCACUGUACACUGUAUAAUUUAGCGAACAAUUAACCAGAUCAAAUACAACAAGUGUGACAUGCGA